AUGUUUACUUCAGCUUCAUCCAGACUUGUUAAAACAGGAUUAAACAGUUGUUUUAGAACUUCUUACCGUUCAAUUAGUGUUGGUAGUACUAUUCCAAGUAUUCCAUUAUUUGAAUCUUCACCAGGUAAUCAAGUUAAUCUUGCCGAAGAAAUUGGUACAGGUAAGGCAGUUUUGAUUGGUGUUCCAGGUGCCUUUUCCCCAGCUUGUUCUGCUUCUCAUGUUCCAGGUUAUUUAAAGAAUUUACGUGGAUUUAAUGAUAAAGGUUAUGAAAAAUUCUACGUUAUUGCUGUCAAUGAUGCUUUUGUAACUAAAGCUUGGGGUGAUUCAUUAUUAACUAGUGUUGCAGGUGCUCAAAUCAAAUUCUUAGCUGAUCCAGCUGGUGAAUUCACCAAGGAAUUAGAUUUACUCUUCGAUGCUGCUAAGUUCUUUGGUAAUGAUAGAUCUAAAAGAUAUACUUUAUUAGUUGAAGAUGGUAAAGUUACUAAAACCUUUAUUGAACCAGAUAAUACUUCAGUUGAUGUUUCUGAUGCUUCAAAAGUCUUAGAAGCCGCUUAA